AUGAAAUAGUUUGUUAAACUCUUGAUAAUUUUGGGAGAAUCAGAAAUUGACAUAGAACUUACACGAUAAGAAUUAUGUGCAUAGAGACUAUUCGAACCCUUCACAAGUUUUAAAAGAUUAGAUUAAAACAAUAAAAUUAAGCUUGGAGUUAAGGAAUUUUAUGAAUUUCUAUAAGACAACUAAGAAAUACAUUUAACCAAGUAAUAAUUAGAUACUCUUAUUAAAUAUUUGGAUUAUGAUAAAGAUGGUUAGGUAUCCUAUAAUGAGUAAAUUAUUAAAUCGAAUAUAAAAUAGCUUCAUUAAAACAAUAUUACCAUAAGAACACCCUGAAUUAACUGAAUUGGCUAUGUUAAGAUCUAGCUACUAAAUUGAUAAGAAUGUUCUUUUACCAUCAGAAAUUGAGUCUUUAUUAAAUGAAUUAUUAUUAUGCAUUCUUACAUGGAGAGAUUCCUUUGAAAAAGUUAAAAUAGAAUUGCUAUAGGAAAAUUAUAACAAUUAUUUAGAUUACCUAUUUUAAGGCCAUUAAUAAUUGAGUAUCUAACAGUAAUAGUUUAUUCCUAAAAAGAUUUUAUAAAAUAAUAAAUGAUAUAUAGCCUGUCAAACAAGAAACUAUUUUAUCAUGUUUUAAAUAUAUAGACUAAAAUAAGACUAGAUUUAUUACUAAAUCUGAUGUUAUUUAAAAUUUAUUAGGGAUUCCAUUUGAACAAUUCGUACUAUAGCAAUAAAAGUAAUUAUAAGAUAAUAAAUUUUCAUCAUACAAUCUAUCUCCCAGACAAACUUAUUUAUAAAUUUCUCCUAGAUUUACAUAAUUACCAAAAAAUGAGAGAACCAUUAGUAAUAUUGAAAAUAUAUUAUCAUUGUCAACAUCAAAUAAGAAUAGAAAUGGAAAGAUAAUAUCAUUUAAAUCACAUACUUAAUUACCCUAACUAAAUUGA